CGCGGCGGUUGCUGGGCGUUAGGGCGGCGCCAGGGUCAGUGGGGUAUGCUGAAAGAAUUGCAGCUACCCAGACAUCUAGUAAGAGGACUCCUUACAAGAUACAGUCACUGUAACUCUUAAAUACCUGGAUUACCACCAUUACUUCUGCAUUAUACAGAACCCAGAAGAGUAGACAUUCAAAAAUUGAGUGGAUGAACUUUGUGCCCUGACCUCAGAUUUUUUAAUGAUAGUAAACUUCAGCCUGUCCUUUGAGAACUUGACACAGCAUGGGUGAUUCACCCAACCUCCAUGUUCACAGAGCUAACUAACACUUAACUGUGGUCCAACAACCAAUGACAGGUAGUCAUUCUAAUGACAAGUCUCUUAUGCAGGAGUGUGACUGAAGAUAGUGUAACUCAAUGGUGGAAAUUUUAUCAAGCAUGAAAUAAAGAGCUGAGUUCUGUAAUAUACGCUUUUAAGAUGCCCAGCAAGACUGCAGUCAAGAUGGAGGUGUAGUUAAACACUCCUCAUCUUCUAACACAUAUAGAAAAAAAUACAACCAAACUACAAAACAAAUAUCACCCAGAAUUGUCAGAAAAUUGACUGCUGGACAGAAGUCCAACAACCAAGGAUUUAAAGAAGCCACAUUCAUCCAGCAGCAUGUAUACCACAGAACCAGAAAAUGAACAUUUGGAGGAUAAAAAUAUCCAAUCACCUAUAAGAUCUGAGAUUCUCAACGAUAGUAACACUAGUAAACAGGAAGAAACUAAGAAAAUUGUCUUCUCAAACACGGAGGAAACAAAACCACAGACGAAAAAAUGUGCUUGUCCUCCACAAGGAACACUGAAUAAAUAUAUUACAAAUGGAGUUUUACAUGUUACGAUAUGGUGUGCAGUCUGGUCAGUCUCGGGCCCUCACGUUUUCUUUGAUGGAAAUUUAUUUGGACUAUUAAUUACCUUUUAUAGCGCCAUAAUGGGGGGCAAACUUUUGGAACUCAUUAAAAUACCAUCAGUGCCUCAACUUCCACCUCUCCUUGGGAUGUUACUGGCUGGCUUUACCAUCAGAAAUGUUCCAUUGUUCAGUAAGUUCGUCCACAUUAGCAACAAGUGGUCUUCAACUUUAAGAAAUUCUGCCCUUACCCUUAUCCUAGUAAAAGCUGGACUUGGACUUGAUCCACAGGCUCUGAAGCGUUUGAGGAAGGUUUGUCUAAGACUGUCUGUGGGUCCCUGCCUCAUGGAAGCCUGUGCAGCUGCUGUCGUUUCCCACUUCCUUAUGAAUUUUCCCUGGCAAUGGGGAUUUCUAUUAGGUUUUGUACUAGGUGCUGUCUCUCCUGCUGUUGUCGUGCCUUCCAUGCUACUCUUGCAAGAAAAUGGCUAUGGUGUGGAGAAGGGCAUUCCAACCCUGCUCGUAGCUGCCAGCAGUUUGGACGACAUCUUGGCUAUCACUGGAUUCAGCACCUGUAUGAGCAUAGUCUUCUCCACAGGUGAUAUACUUAAUAAUGUUGCAGCCUCUUUUCGGAAUAUACUUAUUGGUGUGCUGGUAGGAACAAUUUUGGGAUUUUUUGUUCGCUAUGUUCCAAGUGAAGAUCAGACUAAUCUUCCACUGAAGAGAGCAGCCCUCAUCCUGAGUAUGUGUAUCACUGCUGUCCUGGGCAGCACCCACCUCGGCAUACACGGAGCCGGAGGGCUCUGCACACUGAUGUUGACGGUCAUUGGAGGAAUGAAGUGGUCCAACGGAAAGAUUAGCGUCCAAAAAAUCAUUACAACUGCCUGGGAUGUUUUUCAACCCCUUCUUUUUGGUUUGGUUGGAUUGGAGGUAUCUGUUGCAUCUCUUAAAUCAAAUGCUAUUGGCAUUUGUGUCGCCACCAUGAGUUUGGCGUUAUUGGUUCGAAUUUCUUUUACAUUUGUAUUGAUGUCUUUCGCUGGUUUUAAUCUUAAGGAGAAAAUAUUUAUUGCUCUAUCAUGGAUGCCCAAAGCAACAGUCCAGGCUGUAUUAGGUCCUCUGGCGCUAGAAACUGCGAGGACCAGCGCACCCUACCUGGCGGCGUACUCCAAGGAUGUGAUGACGAUAGCGUUCUUAGCCAUCUUAAUCACAGCUCCAAACGGAGCGCUAAUUAUUGACAUCCUGGGGCCCAGAUUACUGAAACGCCAAGUGACCCAAACACAAUAAAACUGGAAUUAACAAGAUCAGGACGUCCUUAAAAGUUCAUUUGUCAUCACCUGCCUGUUUUUUUGAAAAUGAAUUAUCUUACAUGGGAGAAAAAAGGUACA